CAGUGAUGAAGGAAUCACUCAGGUGUGUCUCCCUCUGUGAUCCUGAGGGUGUCCAUGCCUUCAUUCUGGUCCUACCUGUGGGUCCCCUCACAGAAGAGGACAAGGGAGAGUCAAAGAUGAUCCAGGACACCUUCAGCUCUCAAGUCAGUGACUUCUCCAUGAUUCUGUUCACUGUGCCAUGUGAUCCUACAGCUCCAGCUGUUGUUAACUUUCUAAAGAAAAACAAUUCCAUUCAGGAGCUCCUUCAGAGCUGUGGAGGAAGAUCUUUUGUUUUCAACAUCAAGGACAAACAGCAGAUCCCAGAGCUGUUGGACAUGGUGGAAAAAACAAGACUUUACAAAGACAAACCCUGCAGCUACACAACAGAAACAUUUGCACAUGUCCAAAUGGAAAAGAUCAGCAGACUACAUGCUAAGCUUGAAGACCUGGUUACUUGUGAUGAUGAGAAGCAGAGCUCGGAGUGUCUCAGGAUUGUGCUGAUCGGGAAGACCGGCUGUGGGAAGAGCUCUUCAGGAAACACCAUUCUAGGAAGAGAGGAGUUUAAAGCUGAAUCAGGCCAGAAAUCAGUCUCUAAACACUGUCAGAAAGGAGAAGGUAAAGUGAAUGGCCGUCCUGUCACUGUGGUCGACACUCCUGGUCUGUUUGACGUGACUCUGUCUCAUGAAGAGGUUCAUGAAGAGAUGAUGAAAUGCAUCAGUCUUCUGGCUCCAGGUCCACAUGUCUUCCUGUUGGUGGUACAUAUCGGAAGAGUCACACCUGAGGAGAAGGAGACAUUAAAACUGAUCAAAGAAGGCUUUGGGAAAGAAGCUGAAAAGUUCACCAUCAUCCUUUUAACUGGAGGAGAUUCACUUAAAAAGGAGAAGCUGUCCAUUGAAGAAUACAUAAAAACAGAAUGUGAUGAUUCCUUUAAGAAAAUGAUCUCUGACUAUGGAGGAAGAUACCAUGUGUUCAAUAACCGUGAGAAACAAAACAGAGCUCAGGUCAGUGAGCUGAUGGCAAAGAUCGACACAAUGGUGAAGACAAAUGGAGGCAGCUGCUACACCAACGAGAUGCUGCGAGAAGCUGAACCUGCUAUAAAGAGCAAAAUGGAGAGACUCUUCAAGGACAAGGAAGAGGAGAUGAAGAGAGAGAGGGAGGAACUUCAAAGAAAACGUAAAGAAAUGGUGGAAAUAAUGAAAAAGCAAGAAGAAGACAUGAUAAAAGAGAGAGAAAAGAGAGAAAGGGAAUUUAAAGAACACAAGGAAAUCAAACACAAGGAACAAGAGGACAAAAUGAAAGAAAAGGAAAAGAGAGAUGAAGAAGACAGGAAAAGAAAACAGCAGGAAGAACUUCGACAACAGGAGUGGGAACAUAAACUUAAAGAUUUGGAGAGAAAGAUAAAGUUAGAAUCAGAGGAAAAAGAAAAUAUUUACAGACUGCUGGAGGAGAGCAGAGAAAAGAUGAGAGAAGAAAGAGAGAGUCGGGAGAAACAACAAAAUGAAUGGUGGGAAAAAAGAAAUCAAGAAGAGGAACAGAGGCGACAGGUGGAAAGAGCAAGAUUCAGAAAAGUCCAAGAAGAGUUUGAACAGGAAAGAGAAAAAUAUGGGAAGAAAAGAAAGGAAAAGGAUCAAAAGAGACAAGAAGAAGAAGAAGAAGAAGAGAGGAUAAAGAAUCAACAGAGAGCAAAUAUGGAAAAGGAGAGAAAACAGAAAGAAAAAGAACUAAAAGAAAUGGAGGAAAACAUUAAGAAGGAACAGGAGGAGAAACAGAAAGAAAAGCAAAUGAGAGAAGAAGAAGACAGGACGAGAAAACAGCAGGAAGAAUUUCAACGACUGGAGUUGAAAAAUAAACUCACACUUUUGGAGAGAAAGAUAAAGUUAGAAUCAGAGGAAAAAGAAACCAUUGUGAGACAGCUGGAAGAAGCAAGAGAAAAGAUCAGAGAAGAAAGAGAGAGUCAGGAGAAACAACAAAAUGAGUGGUGGGAAAAACGAAAUGAAGAAGAGGAACAGAGACGACAGGAGGAAAGAACAAGAUUCAGAAAACUCCAAGAAGAGUUUGAACAAGAAAGAGAAAUCUAUGAGAAGAAAAGAAAGGAAGACGAUCUAAAGAGACAAGAAGAAGAAGAGGAGAGGAUAAAGAAUCAACAGAGAGCAGAAAUGGAAGAAGGAGAG